AACUUUUGCAUCCAUAGAUUGCCUAAAUGCCACCCGCGCGGCAGCGAGUACGCAAGACUUCGUAUAAGCGAGAGUGGUGAUGUUUUGAUUGAUUUGCAGAAACCAAAUGAGGAAGGCGAAGAUCGGGUCCUGUUCUGUUUGAGAAAGAAGCAGGGUGCAAUUGCGGGUUUUGGGUUGCAGAAAAUGUAUAGAGUUUCAUGGUUCCGGAGGACGGGAAGUCCAAUUUUCUUUCUCUUUCUCUCACUUUUUGUGUUUACGAACCCUAGAGUUGUUUUCUGUUUGGAUAAUUGAAGGAAGGUAUGCUUGCUUCUUAUCCGCGGAGAAGGAUCCUCGAGCAUUGAUUGUUUUCAAUUUCUUGGCGGCAAGAUUCUGAGAUUAGCGGAAGUUCUAUCUCUCUAUCUGGACAAACCCUAUAAUCGUUUGUGUUUGGUUGGAGAAUUGAUCGGAGGUCUGUUUGCUUAUCUGCGUAAGAGUUUUUGAUCGUCCGGCUGUCAGUCGUUAAUUUUUGAAUUUGAUAGGCUUGGUUGGGAUGCCUCCUGGCGUGGAAGAAGAUACGGAUAUCUCCAAGUCGGAGGUAGAGGAUUACAAGUAUGAAUAUUACGAAAGAUUGAAGAGGGGGAAAUAUAAGGUGAAGUUUACUAGCAGAGUAUUCCGAUGCCCAUUUUGCCCGGAUAGGAGAAUGGUUGAUUACACCUACAAAGAACUCAUGCGACAUGCUUUGAGCAGAGGCUCUCAGAGGAGAUGUUUGAAGGAGAAAGCCAAACACUUAGCCUUGGUGAGGUACAUGGAGAGAUAUCUCGACGCGAGGGAUGCACCUCCGCGGUCUGGGAAAUGGAAGGAAACCCCAAUUUUUGAGAAUGCGGCGGGUGAGCAAUUUCUUGGGGCAAAGGAUGCCCAGCCUUCUCUUGAGGCGAAAGAUGCUCAGCCUUAUCUUGAGGCGAAGGAUGCUCAGCCUUAUCUUGAGGCGAAGGAUGCCCCGCGGCCUGCCGAAAGGAACGAAAACCCAAUCGUUGAGAAUGCAGGGGAUGAGCAGUCUCUCGUGGCGAGGAAUGUGCCAAGGCCUGCCAAAAGGCAAGAAAACUCCGCUGUUCAGAAUGCGGUGGAUGACCGAUCUCUUGCCGCGGAGGAUGUGCUGCGGUCCGCCAAAAGGCCCGCCGUUGAGAAUGCCGGCGAGCUGUUCGUGUGGCCGUGGAUGGCUAUUGUUGCAAAUCUCCCGGUUGAAUUGAAAAAUGGGCUGUAUGUGGGGGAAAGUGCGUCGAAACACAGGGAUGAUCUGGCCAAACAAGGGUUUAACCCUGUGAAAGUUCAACCUCUGUGGACUCGCAGGGGUCAUUCGGGGUAUUCUAUAGUUGUUUUCAACAAAGGCUGGGAUGGGUUUACGAAUGCAAUGAUGUUUGAAAAGAGCUUUGAAGCAGAUCGCCGAGGCAGGAGGGACUAUAUGAGGAGGAGAGCAGAUGGUAAUAAAGUAUAUGGGUGGGUUGCUAGGGAGGAGGACUUUAAUUUGAAGGGUCUCAUUGGGGACCAUCUCCGUAAGAAUGGGGAUUUAAAGAGCGUCUCUGAAAUUCAAGCAGAGGAUGAGAGGAAAGAAAACAAACUGGUUUCGAAUUUAACCAACGUGAUUGAGGUCAAGAAUCUGCAGUUUCAAGAGGUGCAAAAGGAGCUCUAUAAAACCGACAAGUCUUUGAUGAGUGUGAUGAAGCAGAAGGAUGAAAUGCAUCAAACCUUUAAUGAAGAGUUGAGCAAGAUGCAACAGAUUGCCCGUCAUCAACUUGAAAAUAUUUUCAUUGAGCAUGAAAAGGUUAAGUUCCAGUUGGAAGCUCAGAAGAAAGAGUUGGGUCAGCGUGAGAAAGUAUUGGACAAACGGGAGGCACUAAAUGAAAAUGAGAGGAAGAAGCUCUAUCAUGAGAAGAAAAUGAAUGAGAGGGCCACCAUUGAACAGAAAAGAGCUGAUGAAAAUGUAUUGAAGUUGGCAGAAGUUCACAAGAGGAAUAAAGAGGAGCUUCAUAAAAGAAUUAUUGAACUGGAAAAGAAACUUGAUGCCAAGCAAGCACUAGAGUUGGAAAUAGAGCGUAUGAGAGGGGCUAUACAUGUGAUGAAACACAUGGGUGAAGAGGGAGAUUUAGAAAGCAAGAAAAAGGUGGAGACAAUUCAAGAAGAGCUGACAGAGAAGGAAGAAGAACUUGAAGCUCUGGAAGCAUUGAAUCAAACCCUCAUUGUUAAGCAACGAAAAAGCAAUGAUGAGGUGCAGGAAGCUCGGAAGGAGUUAAUAAAUAGUUUGAGGGAUUCAUCAAGUCGUGCUCAAAUUGGCAUUAAGAGAAUGGGUGAGCUCAACAGCAAACCAUUCGUCACUGCCACGCAGAAAAAAUAUUCUGAUGAAGAAGCUGAUGACAAAGCAGUGGAGCUUUGUUCACUGUGGGAGGAUUACUUAAGGGAUCCAAGCUGGCAUCCUUUCAAAAUCAUCACAGUUGCAGGAAAUGCUAAGGAAAUAAUAGAUGAAGAGGAUGAGAAAUUGAAAAAUCUAAAGAAUGAGUUUGGAAAUGAAGUCUUUGAGGCUGUGACGAGUUCCCUGGCUGAAAUGAAUGAGUACAACCCAAGUGGCAGGUACCCAGUACCAGAGCUAUGGAAUUACAAGGAAGGAAAAAAAGCAACACUGGGAGAGGGGGUAUCUUAUAUAUUGAGGCAGUGGAAAUUGUUUAGGAGGAGGAAAAGAUAAAGGUCCUUGUUUUUAAGUUUUACCAUUGAAGAAUAGGUGAACACAUUGGAAGUAGAAUGACGUAACGACGGUGUAUUCAAAUGGAUGUCUUGACAUUUUUUGUUGUUGGCAGUUUUCAGAUAAUCUCAACUUUUAAUACAGAAGGAUUUGCUGGACUCUUGCUUGAUUAUUGUAAAGUUGUAGGAUAUGGUCUGUAAUUAGGAUUGGUCUUAGGUUCGUUGUCAUGACAAUAUAGUUAAAAUAUUGUUCUUGGUCAUUCAGGGGCUUUUUUGCUCGAGCUUGUUUUGUAAUAAUGUUCUAGUAUUUUUAUUAAGAAAAUUUCUAUGAAGUUUUCUUAGUGGCUCACAUUAUAAAAGGUUUAUCACAGAUUGAAGAC